AUGCCAUUGCUAAAAUCAUCACUCGACAUAAUCUUGAUUAAUAAGGACACUCCUAGAUUGAUUGUAGAGAGAACAUUUUACUUGCUGAAUCUGAUAGAGAAGCAUCUGUUUGUGAAUUAGGAUAUCCUUGGCAGAUUUGUAAUGCUAAAUCAAUCGUAAAUCUCAUUAACUUAUGGAAUUGUCGUGUUUACUACAACAACCCUCGUAUUAUUGAAUUAUAAAUGCAUGAUAAGAACCCUCAUUGCUCUGAUAAUUGGUUCCAUACUCUAUUUCAAUGUCGAUUUCAAUUUUGAUUUUGCAGUCCCAGUUAAUUAAGAAAAUCUCAGAAUAAUUGGCAUCUUACUACUUAUUAUUUUCUCACUCUUCUAUAUCGAAGACACAAAAUCGUAGACACAGCUACUAGCUAUAUCAUCAGACUAGAUUGAUCAAGGCAGGAAAAAGGGAAAAGGUAAUAAGAAUAAUUAGGUGGGUAAAGAGUAGAAAGAAAAAAGUUUAAAUUCCUAAAAUUAGCAAAUAAAUCAGAAUAAUACCAAAUAAAGGGUAGAGAAUAGAGGCAAUAGUAAAGUGAAUUACAACGACAAAGAACUGAUUGAGAAGUAUAAGAAAAACGGGCUUCUUCAGUUCUUGAACGUCUACUUAAACCACAAAGAUAGAUUCAUUAAGAAAGAGGCUCUCCACUGGGGAGAAGAAAUUGAGUAUACUCUGUAUUCAAUAGAUCCUCAGAGCAGAAAGGUGCAAUUAGCUAACAUGGGCUACAGUCUUAUUCAGGGCUUCAACCAGCAGGAGGAUCCAGAGGUUUACUUGCAGCCAGAGUUUGGAAAUUUCAUGGUGGAGGCUGUUCCUAAAACUCCCUAUAAUAGCACUGAGGAUCUUGAAGACUUAUUGAAAUGCGACUUUCAAAUUAAAAAGAGACGUCAAAUCCUAGAGAAGUACUUCUUGCUCUACGAAAUUGGACUACUCACUCUUGCUAGUCCAAUAAUCUUGGGAACUCCUAAUCACAUAUCCAUCGAAGAUCCAGAUCUAGCAGAAGAAGUUCAAAGAUUUGAAGGCAGACUUUAAGAAAGAAAUACUUACUCUCAGUCUCAAUUUACCAUCGAUUCUACUGAGAACCCUCACCCAAGAUUUUCUGGCUUAAUGCAGUCAAUUAGGGAACGAAGAGGAGAAAAAGUCGAAAUUCUAGUUCCAAUUUACGUGGACAAAAAUACCAACUUAACUGAAAAAACUACAGAUGAGCCCAAGCCUGGCUUUAUUUAUAUGGAUAGUAUGGCGUUUGGGAUGGGAUGUAGUUGCCUACAAGUAACUUUCGAAUCUCAAACUCUCAAUCAUGCUAGGUACAUUCACGACUAGCUUCUGCCUUGGACUCCAAUUUUCGCUGCUUUGUCAUCAAAUGCUCCAAUCUUUAAAGGCAAACUAGCUGAUAUUGACAUGCGGUGGACUGUUAUAUCUCAAUCUGUAGAUUGCAGAACCAAAGAGGAAAGGGACUCUACUAGUGAAAACUACAUUCCGAAGUCCAGGUAUGGCACCUAGAAUCAUUAUCUGUCCAAUCACAAGUACGUAAAGCAAGAAUACAUGGACACAAUCUAAUAUAAAGUCAGUGAAGAGCAUAUGAAAAUCUUAUAAAAAGAUAAUAUGCUAGACGACAGAUUAGCAUACCACAUUGCUACUCUUUUUGCAAGAGAUCCUAUACCAACUUUCAGUAAUGAGCAUGACGAGAGCUUAUUUGACAAUUAAGAAAUCACUGCUCACUUUGAAAAUUUGCAAUCCACCAACUGGAACUCAAUGAGAUUCAAACCUCCUCCUUCAGUAUAAAGUAAAAUCGGAUGGAGAGUUGAAUUUAGGACAAUGGAUAUCUAAAUUACAGAUUAUGAAAAUUCUGUAUUCAUUAUAGUGCUGUGUCUUGUAUAAAAUGUUAUCAACAAUUACGAUGUUAACUUCCUUAUGCCUAUUUCAAAGAUUGAUGAGAACAUGAAUAGAGCGCACAUGAUAAAUGCCUACACUGAAUAAAAAUUCUGGUUUAGAAAAAAUAUUAUUAACUCUGCUGAUUACAAAAAAUGUAAACUUCAAGAGUCAGACUAUAUAAUUUCAUCAGAAGAGGAAAAAUUCAGUGAAACUGAGGAUGAAUUUGUAGAACUAUAUAUUAGGGAGAUUAUUGAAGGCAAUCCAGAAAUUGGCUUCAAAGGCAUCUACCCUUUAAUAUAUGAAUAUUUAAGAGACCACUACCCAAAAGACCAGGUUGAAAAGGUUAACGAGUACUUAGACUUUUUUCUUUAAAGAGCUAAGGGAUUCCACCCUACUGGAGCUAGUUAUAUCAGAAACCUAGUUCUUAAUCAUCCAGAAUAUAAAUAAGACUCUAUUAUCUCUCAACCCAUAGCCCAUGAUAUUAUCGCCGAUAUACUAGAAAUUGGAAGCAAUGAGGAAAAGAGAUAGUAGUACUAUGGAAAUAAAUGA